AUGUCGACAUUAGACACAUAUGCGGUUGGGCAGCAGCAGGCCGAAGCUCCCCCUUCCGUCGGCCUGCUCUCCCGCCAGGCUAAGCGCCUCUUCUGGACCCUUCAAGGCCCCCUAGAUUCCUCAGUCUUCGUCAUGCCCGAGAGCCUAGACCCGGACGCGCCCCGGGAGGCUUAUUUCCAACAGACAGACACCGGCACGAGCUGUCACCCAGUCUCAAAGGAAGCUCUCACAGACAGCAAGCCCGCUUCCAUUACUGUUCAGUCGUCAGAGCUCGGUGACUGGGCGAGCAGCUGGUGGGAGUUGCACUAUGAACAUGACGACCAGGCGGACGAUGACGAUGACGACGACCAAUCAGCCUCAGGCCCCCAACGGUGCUCGGGUUGCGGUGAGAUAGGCCCCCGAGACUAUGAACCGCUGGUGGUGAGAGCUUCGGAGAAGUCCUAUGUUACCGUGCAUGACUUUGUAAAGGCCGUACACCCCUGGCUGAUGGCACAGCGGGACGAGAUCUUGCAGGCCCGGAGCGUGGGUAAAGAGACGACUCCCGCCACGGACACAAAGCUGGUGGUGAUGGCUACCCAACCCGAGUAUGUGAGCACCAUGGAAGAAGAAAGCUGGCACUCAGACAGGAGAUGGGCACUUGACGAAGCAUACCGUUACGAGGGCCCUCUAGGCCAAUACGGACUUGGGACGAAACCUGGCGCGGUCGGUGUGCAAGAUGAAGGGCCCAGGGGCACGAAGCGAGCUCGCCGAGACUGA